GCUUUGCUGUCACGUGACGACUUUGAGCGCGACACUGGCACUUCACUUCUUCGUCACUUCUGUUUAUCAACAACUUCUCACAUUACGAGUUUCACUCCUACUUUUGUUGUCCUGUGAGCGUUCAUCGUCUUGUUUAUUCUCAUAUACUCGCGUUGCGUGUGGGUGUGGGCGCAAUAUCUACGAGGUUGAACCAUUACCCCUGCUCACAAGGCCUGUGCUCCUUUAGGGCGGCUCUCUUCCCUCCCGAGCCGUGCAAGGCUGGCUUGCCCAUCAUGGAGCAACAAGUCCUUCAACUGUUGGAAGCGACGACUCGGCCAGACACUAUAGUGGUCAAGGCGGGAUAUCAUGGACUGCUUGAACUUUAUUCACAACCAGAUUUCCCCUUUGCACUCCUUACCAUCGCCACUCAUAACGACAUUGAGACCGGAUUACGGAAAGCCGCUGUCACCACCCUCAAGAACUAUGUUUCCACAACUUGGUCACCGCAAUUCGACGAUAGCUACAUCAACGGUAGCACCUCCUUGGAUGAGGAAGCCAAGGCCCGUGUGCGUGAUCAAAUCCUUGCCAUAUGUACAGCCGAAGGCGACGCUUCGAAAGAUGCCGGUAUUCAAGCGCUAGCCGCCGGAGUAGCCAGCAAGAUAGCCAGCGUCGACUUCCCGGACGCGUGGCCAUCGUUGUUCCCUGCACUUCUCACGAUCCUGAACAACUCCACCAACGAUGCACCUAUCCACGGCGCUCUUCGUGUGCUUGCAGAGUUGGUCGACUCCGGCUUGACAGAGGAACAAUUCUUCACGGUCGCUCCCGACUUGGUCAACGCCUUACAGCAUGUCGUCUCCCCGGACAACAAUCGCAGCCUGAUCGUUCGAGCAAUGGCACUCAACGUCUUUCGAUCUUGUUUCGAGAUGCUGGAAAUGGUUAUGGGCGACCAUGGCGUGGCUGUCAAAGCAUUCUUGGACGAGUCGAUGAGAACUUGGAUGCCUCUCUUCAUGGAGACACUUAAGGAACCUCUGGAUCAGAUUGGGGUAGCCUUGAAUCACGAUGGUGCUCACAUGCGAGGUUUAAUAGCAUUGAAGGUCCAAGUGGUGAAGACUCUCGACAAGCUAAGAUCUGUCUACGUACACGCCAUCUCUCCUCAUGCCGUGUCCUUAUUCCAAAUUGUCUGGGAAGAGCUAUCGAGACUUGCAGGUCCAUAUGCAGAACUCUUUCUCGACGGCCAUGUCGAGGGCAAACUCGUUGACAGCGACAAUCUGCCCCACAGUUUGGAUGCGCUGGUCCUCGAAGAGAUUGACUUUCUGCAAGUUAUGAUCAAAGCACCGCCUGUACGCUCAGAACUUUCCACUCAGAUGAAACAACUAGGCGAUGCGCAGCAUACUGUUCAUUGGCUACAAGAGUUGAUCCGCGUGCUGGUGUUGUACUCAAGAAUACCAAAGGAGGAGGAAGCAUUGUGGGAAUAUGACUCAAACCUCUACCUAUCAGAAGCAACAUCACUAACAGCAAAUUAUACUCCAAGGGCAGCGUGUGGAGAGCUAGUUGUACGCAGUCUCGGCGAAUGGCUGAAACAAAUACCCAUCAUUGCACUGCUCCACUACAAACAACAAGCAUUAUCAGCUGAGUCUGCCCACUGGAAAGAACGAGAAGCACUGCUCUACCUCCUCAACCAAUGCCUUGUCGACGUCAGUGAGUUCUCAGGGAAGCUCGACCAAUCCACGGCCUCGAUCCUAGUAGGCCAGGUCUCAGCAUCUCUGCAGGAUUCCAAAGCAUUCAUGCGUGCGGCCGCACAUCUCACCCUAGCUACUUUCUUCAAAGUUGUCGGAGACGACUACUUUUCAGCAGGCGCUGCAUCAUUCACGAACGCCAUCAACGCCUCCGUCACCGAUCCCUCCGAGGUCGUCAAGGUUGCAUGCUUGAGCGCGAUUCCAAACUAUCUCGAAGCACUCCCCUCGAAUGUCACGCAACCCAUGCAGGGAGCCAUAUUCCACGCCAUCGAAGAAUUUAUAUCUUCGCACGAUCUGAAAGACGAGCUAGAAGAUGCGGACGACGUCAAAGCGGCACUGAUUCAGACUCUGCGCGAUGGCAUCAUGCUCGACACCACCAACAUCACCGAAACCAACGCAAUCGACCUCUUCUUCACCCUCGCUUCGGACGGUGCAGCCAACUUUCAGCUCUUCAGCCUUCUUACCGAAUCUUUCGAGGGUAUCGUUUCCUCCGUAGCUUCACACGGUCAGGAGAAUUAUGUUCGACUAUGCUCCAAGACAAUCCCAGCCCUCACCGGCGCCUUCGACAUCGCCAGCAUGACACAAAUGUCAGAGCUCACAAAUCUUGCGGCCGAACUUGUCUCAGCACUCGCAGAAUUCGGCGCAGAACCCCUACCAGAAGGCUUCGUUCCGGCUGUCAUGCCCAAACUGCAACGGGUCCUUAUGGAAGCAUCCGACGCCGAACUUGUGCGCCCAGCAACCCUUGCUGUCGAACACAUGCUAAGCAAAGGUUCAUCUCAAUUCCUCACGUGGUCUGACUCACAAGGCAAAUCCGCGAUCGAAGUACUCCUCACCAUCAUCAAUCGACUACUGAACUCCCCUGAUGUCGACGAAAACGCCGGCCAGGAAGUGGGUGGUCUCGCCUCUACGCUGGUCAACAAAUUCGGUGCAGAUAAACUGGGUCCAUACCUAAUGGACCUGCUGCGAGCGGUUGCAGUCCGGCUAGCGACGGCAGACACAAUCCAGUUCAUCCAGAGUCUCUGCAUGGUCUUCGUUGGCCUAACACUCGCGGCUCCGAAAGAAGUCCUCGACUUCCUGGCUGAGGUCAAUGUCAACGGCGUGAAUGGCCUGAAUGUCGUGCUGACCAAGUGGCUCGAGAACAGCGUGCACUUCGCUGGCUUUGACGAGGUGCGACAGAAUGUUGUUGCUUUGUCAAAGGUCUUCAGCUUGCAGGACCCGCGCGUGAAGGCGGUGGGUGUCAAGGGCGAUUUGAUCAUCGAUGCCAAUCCCAGUGGGCGGAUCAAGACGCGGAGUAUGGCCAAGCUGAUGCCAGAUCGGUGGACGAAUGUGCCUGCGGACCUGAAGAUCUUGAAGAUCAUGGUCGAUGAGCUCGCGAGUGCGGCGACAUCGCAAUUCCCAAACCUAGCUGCUGCGCAGGCCGCGGCGGAUGCGCUGGACGAGGAGGACGAUGAUGCUGACGACGCGGAUGACUGGGAGGAUGUGGGCACGGCGGGCGCGAUAGAUCUUGCGAGUUCGAGUGUCAGGAAUGAUCUAAUGGCGUUGGUUGGUGAGGGUGGUGAUCGUGAUGGUGCAGCCAGUCCGACUGGGAGUCGGGCCAGGGAUGAGGAGACGGCUGAGUAUCUUUUGGAGUGGUUCAAGGUUGAGGCUCAGAGGGAGGGGUUUGCCGGUCAGUUUGAACAAUUGAACGAUGAGGAGAAGGGGAAACUGAGGGAGUUGGUUGCUUAAGAGACGAGCAUGUCGUGAAUCCAAUGGUAUGAACGUGGUAUCUCGCAGAGACUGAGGAUGUGCGAAAUAUGCUUGGAUGAAAGCUAGACCGGACAGACGGAGAAAAGGCUCUUCGUGGUGCAUUCAGGAUUCGGUCUAAGGAUUGAUGGUCAGGAUUGAGCUUUGUGCUG